AUGGCAUUUCUGAAUAAAGUCAAGAACUUAUUUCGAAGUGCACCGUUGGAGAAAAAAUUGCCGAGUUAUGUUUUGGAUAGUGUGAAUCCGAAGGAGCAUUGGGAUAUUAUUGGUGAACUUGGUGAUGGUGCUUUUGGAAAAGUUGAGAAAGCGGUUUCAAAAACUGAUCCAAGACAAUUUGCAGCAUCAAAGGUUGGUGCUUUUCUUUGGCUGAAACACAGAACACGGUCCAUUUCAAUUGAAGCCCCAACAUCGAACUCUGUGUCAAGUUUUUCUUAACUCAGAAUCAUAUUAUUUUUCUCCAUUGGAACGUUGGAUAUCUUAAUUAGAAUAUAGAACCCUUGUAUGAAAAUAAUUUUUGAAAUUUUCAGUCAAUCGAAAUCCAAGAUGGUGAAGAAAUCGAAGAUUUUCUGGUGGAAAUCGAAAUUCUUCAAAAAUGCCGGAACCAUCCAGUCAUCCUCAAACUCUUCUCAACAUAUUUUUUCGAUAAUAGGCUAACGGUAAGUCCGCGAUUUUCUCAAUUACACUGCUCUCAAACAAAAAUUGGGUUUUUAGAUGAUGCUUGAAUUUUGUGGCGGUGGAGCAGUUGACAAUUUGAUGCUGGAAUUGGAAAAACCGCUCAACGAGGUUCAAGUCAAAUAUAUUGCAUUCCACGUUCUUGACGCGCUCAAAUAUAUUCAUGAACAAAAUGUGAUUCAUCGAGAUCUCAAAGCUGGAAAUAUUCUUCUCACAAAUGAUGCACAAGUUCGUCUAGCUGAUUUUGGUGUUUCUGCAAACCUCAAAAAUGAACGAGAAAAACGCGAUACAUUUAUUGGAACACCAUAUUGGAUGGCACCAGAAGUUAUGAUGUGUGAAACAUUCAAAGAUCAACCAUAUGAUUGUAUCUCCGAUAUUUGGUCAUUUGGUAUCACAUUAAUUGAGAUGGUGUUAGGAGAGCCACCACAUUCUGAAGUUUCACCAAUGAGAGUUUUGAUAAAAGUGCAAAAAAGUCCGCCACCAACGUUGGAACCAUCGGCAAAUUAUUCGAAUGAUUUUAGGGAUUUUCUUGCGAAAUGUUUAGUCAAAAAUCCAGCGGAGAGAUUGAGCGCAAAUUCAUUGUUUUCUGUGAGUGAAUUUUAUUUUUUACCAAAAAAAAAUACCGAAAAGAUUGAAUAUCUUUAUGAAAGUGACGCCAUGGAUAUUUCUCGUAAAUCCUAGAGCGUUUAGAAAAAAAAUUUCAGGAAUUAAUUAGAACUUAACGUGAUUAGAGGCUCAAGUUCUAAUAUAUAUCAUUCUAAUCCUGAAAUGAGGUUCAGUCGAAAAUUUUCUCAAAAAUAUAUUUUCAGCAUGAUUGGCUGAAAGCUGCAAAUAAUGGUCGAAAAAGUGUUCUUCAAUUAAUUGCUGAAAUGAAAGCAGUUGAUGUCAAAGAAGAAAUCAUUUGUCAAGAAAUAAUGGAAGAUGACGAUUCAGUUGCUGGUUCUGAUGAAAUUUCAUCUCAACGACCUGGAAAUGACACUUGGAGUUCUGCAUCAGAUAGUCCACUUCCACAUGUUACUGAACAUUUCAAACCACCAUUAUCACCAAUGAUUCAAACACCGCCUCCGAUUAUUGAAACACCACAUAAAAAACGAGCAGCUCCACCACCGCCAAAAGAAGAAGCUGAUACAAAUGGCAAUUUGCCAGAGCAAACUGUUAUUUUGGAAUUCUCUAUUGAAUCGAACGGAAAUGAUGAAACUGCUGAUGCUGUUUUCACAACUCCUGAGAAAAAUAAGGGAAUUUCAACGAAUUUGAACGCGGCUAGAAUAAAGAAGGAGGAAUCAAAAGAUAAUUUGACUCUCAACACAUCGCCAAGACUUCCAGCAAAGGUAUUUCAUCAUUUUUUCAAGAUCAAAAGUGUAUCCCUGUUUUUUUCAGAAUACAACAUUGGUUAUGAGCCCACGUCGUGAGGCAUUGAAUAUUCUUGAUGAUUUGAAUAUCACACUGGAAGAUGAGCAAGGUUCACUCUCUUCGUCAUAUUUCGAAAUCCCACCAGAACCUGUUUCACCACCAACCCCGCUUAAAGUCGAUCAUACAAUCAGAGAUGUUAUUAAAGCAAAUCGUAAGAAAUCAACGGAUUCUUUAACUCUGCCAACAUCUUCUACUCAAUCGUUGGAUGGAAGUUUCGAAAAAUCACAAGCUAAUCAAUCUAUUUCUACAAAUAUUCCACCAAAAGUCAAUGAGAAGAUUAGUUUCAACACAUCGUUGAAUAAUUCGAUGGUAACAAUUGAGGAAAGUAUUGAUGAGAUGGCUGAAUAUGAUGGUGAUAUAACACAAAACAGUUCGCAAAGUCUAUCAGUUCAACAUAUUCUUCAACAAAAACUCAAAGAAAAAGCAUCGAUUGAUAUUUCUGUAUCAAAUACUCCACCAAUGGUCAACAAAUCACCAUUGGUAGUUGCAUCAACUCAAGAUGCGUAUUUUGAACCAACAUCAAGUAAAAAAUCGAGUAUUGAAGAGAAAACUCCACCUCCAGAACCACCAGUUGAUUAUGAUGGAAACGCGAAAGAAAAUAAGAAACCUGUACCACAAACUGCGUCACCAAUUUCAAAACCGAAAGCUAAAUCGGCUUCAGAGAAACCUUUGGGCGAACGGAAAGAUGUGGUUAGGAAAACGAUUACUAGAAAAACUAGAACAUAUAUGAUUGAUGGAAUACAAGUCACAUCUACAACAAUUCAUGUUCUUGGAGCCAAAGAUGACAAAGUACAACGGUAAGAUUCUAUUCAAAAUGAAAAAUUGAAGCAAGAAAUCUGUUUCAGAAAGCAACAACUUCACGAUCUACGUCGUCUUCAACGCGAUGAAGCUCGACAAAAACAAGAACUUCAUGCUGAAGGUUUGAAACUCGUUGAGGAACAAGCCAAGAAGUUUGGACUCGAGCAACAGAAUCUCUCUAGAACAUCAGAUCUCGAAAUGGACGCAAUGGAAAGAAGGCAGCGACGAGAGAUUGAAGAUACUGAAGCACAACAAGAAAACGAGCUACGAAUCACGCAAAAACGAUUGAAAGUUGAGCAAGAAAAAGAUAUGCGUGCAUUCAAAGAACGACUCAAACAAGAGAUGAAAAUAUUCAAACAAGAAGUCACGAUGUUGUCAAAAACUCAAAGAAAAGAUGCAUUGAAACAGCGUAAAGAUCAGAUUGAAAUUGAACAUCAAUUGAAGGAAAAGGACUUUUUGAUGCAGUUGCAACAAAAUGGUGAUAGUAUGCUUCAAAGACUUGCCGACAAACAUAAAGAGCGAAUGGCAGCGAUGGAAAAACAAUUCCUUAUGCAAAAACAUAAUCUUCUUCGAGCAAAAGAGAAUAAUGUUUGGGAAUUGGAAGAUAAACAUAUGAGAGAGAAGUGAGUUUGAAAUUUGAUUUUUCAAAAUAACAAUGUAAUUUACAGGUUUGUCCUUCACCGAAAGUUAUUCAAAGACGAAUAUUAUCUACUCCGAACUCAAAUGCUUGCAAGACAUCAACGUGAAAUGUCACAAAUUGAAAAACUUCAUCAAGAAGAAGAAGACAUUCUUAUCCGCGCUUUAACUAAUGAUCGCAAAAAGCUUCCGAAAAUGCUUCGUUCUGAAACCAAGACUCGAAGUAUUAUGUUCAAGGAGAGUUUGAGAAUCAGUAUGGCAAAUAUGUCAAACGCGGAAAUGCAAGAGAGAAUUCGACGAUUCGAUGAGCAAGAAGCUUUGAGAAUGCGAGCUGCGCUAGAGGAGCACGAUGCGAAAUCGCAGAAAAAAUUGCAAAUGUUGAAAGAUAGACAACAAGAAGCGGUGAGUGUUUUUUGAGGAAGAAAAUUAUUCAAAAAUUAUAUAAAACAAAAAUGAAUAAUUUUGAAGAGAAUGUGGGGAAAAAAUGUAUUGCGAAAUCUUAGAAAAUAUCAGUUUUGAAUUUAAAAAAUGAGCACAUAGACAAAGUCAGAUUUAUUGAACUCAUAUUUUAGAAUUUAUUCAAAAAAAAAUGAAGAUUAAGAUUUUGUCUGAACUGAUCUACCAGAAAGUAAUAUAUGUUUUCGGGCCUAUUUGAAUGAGAAUUCUGAUUUAUUCAAAAAAUUCAUAUUUUUCCAGAUUAUCGAGUUAGAUGAAAUGCAAAAUGAGAAACGCAAGCAACUUCUUGAAAAAGAGCGCAAUACAAUGAACGAGCACGAAGGAAAAUAUCAUGAAGCUAGAAAUGUUUGGCAAGAAAACUUGAUAACGAGAAAAACUGUGAGUUUUCUUUUUAAACAAUGAAGAUUCUGAAAUUGAUUCAAAUUUGUUUUAGGUUCUCGAAGAAAAGUUCCAAGACGAGUUGAGCAAACAGGAAAUGUUUUACGGUGUGCCGUAUUCAGCAUCACAAGCUUCGACACUUUCUGGAAGACAUAUGCCUUAA